AUGAGUGAAGUGGAUUUAGCAGGAUUGGAAAACAAUGUAAAAGAACAUCAGGAUACCAAAAUCCCGACGGCUAUGCAAGAAAUAAAUUUAGCACUAAAAGAAUGUGGAGUCGGUUGGUUCCAUGUUCGGCUUUUAAGUACAUCGUUCGUUGGAUUAAUUGCUGGUGUUCUAGUUACAAAUACAACACCAUUUAUAUUGCCAGUGGCAGAAUGUGACUUAAAUAUGAAUUUGUUACAAAAAGGACUUUUGAAUGCAACGCCUUAUAUUGGAAUGACAUUGGUAUCAAUAGUAGCUGGUUUUUUGACGGACACGUUUGGUAGAAAAAUGUUUCUUGUAUCUGGAUUUGGUGGACUAUUUCUGUUUACUGUUAUUGCUGGUUCGAGCCAAUCAUAUGAAGUUCUAAUAAUAUCAAAAUUCUUCGAAGGUAUUCUGUUCGCGAUAUCGUUCAGCGCAGCUUUAUCGAUUACUUCGGAAUUCUGCUAUAAGGAAAUCAGGGAUAGAAUGCUGCUAUUAAGGUCUUCUUUUAUGGCCGUUGCUCAGAUACUUAUCGCCGCUAUGUCGUGGGGGAUUCUUACACAAGACUGGGAGCUUAGCCUGUUUAAUGGAUUUAUAGAUCUGCACGUAUGGAAUUUCUACAUUUAUAUAAUGUCCUUUUGGUCGUUAAUUUCAUUUAUUUUGUACAUUGCUUUACCUGAAAGUCCUCGGUACUAUGUAGCUCAAAGGAAAUUUGACGAAGCGAGGAAAAUAUUGAUAAAAAUGUAUACAAUGAAUACUGGGAAGCCGGUAGAAACUUUUAAGUAUGCAAAUUUAUGGAAAAAUAAGGUAAAUGGAGUUAUUAAAGAGGAGCCAGAGAAGAAAACGGAAUCGCGCUUGAAACACCAAUUGGUAGCAGGGCUUCAUAACGUGAAGCCUAUGUUCCGGAGACCGCUGGUGUUUUAUUUGUUCAUUAUUUCUGCAAUGAAUUUUUUAAGCAUGGCAUUGUAUAACGUAAUAAGGCUGUGGUUCCCGCAACUGUCAAGCAUUGUGGAACAUUACAGUAGUAUUGAUAGUAAUCAAGAUUUAUGUACAAUGUUGGAUACAUACACCAAUGACUUGAAGUUAAGAAACACCAAUGUUACAACAUUAGAUGUUUGCAUACCUACAAGAAGUGGUAAUGAAACAUAUAUGAACAGUAUUAUUUUAGGCUUUGUUUGCAUUAUCCCAUUCGCAGUGAGCGGUAUUCUAGUUAACAAAGUCGGCAAAAGGAAUUUAUACGUAGCAGCUGCAGCCAUAUGUGUUGGUGUAACGUUGGGAAUAAGAUGGGCCAACUCAAAAGUUGCUGUUGUUGCGUUAUUUUCUGUAGAUGCCGCUAUUUCUCAAACCAUGGUUGGACUAUACCAAGCGUUCACAAUGGAAUUGUUUCCGACGACAACAAGGACGUUAGCUAUUUCCGUUAUCAUGACCUCUGGCAGAAUCGGUACGCUUGCAGGGAAUGUAGCCUUUCCUAUAUUACUGGAUAUGGGAUGCGUCGUACCCUUUUAUACAUUAACUGCUGUGAUGAUUUGUGUGACGUUUAUGGCAGUGUUCCUGCCAAAUUCUUGA